AUGGCUACACAUUUUCUGGAACAUACGCUCGCCCGAAGUAUUGAGCACGCCAAUGUUGGGCACAGGAGAACUCAGAAAAAUGGGUUUCUUUACCGUCGUCGACCUGCCGGCGGCAAAAUGAGAGGCGGACUGACUCUCUCUCUCUCUCUCUCUCUCUCUCUCUCUCUCUCUCUCUCUCUCUCUCUCUCUCUCUCUCCCUCAGGGUUUAAUCGCGCGCUCGACCAACAACCCAGGUGUUUCUAUCCAAUAUUUUUCCUAUCUCUCUUUCACCGUUCCUUUCUCUCUCUCUCUCUCUCUCUGUCUUUCACCCUUUCUCUCUCUCUCUCUCUCUGUCUUUCACCCUUUCUCUCUCUCUCUAACUCUCUCCAUUCGUCGAUCCCAUCCUUCCUCUCGCCGCCAUUCAUCUUCUCGACUCUCUUCUUUUUCGCUUGCCUUCCUUCAAUCUUGAUAUUCCCCUUCCCUGAAUUCAUUCCUUCCUACCUUCGUCUUUUCCCUCUUCCCUCCUUCCUGUCUUUUCAUUCUCAUCUCCUGCUCUCCUUUCAUUCUUGCCUUACUCUCCAUCAUCUUCUACCUCCAAUUCGUUCAUUUCCUUCUCCUCUCUCUCUCUCUCUCUUCCGCUCUACAUCCUUCAACCACUCCUUCUCAUCCCUUUUUUUUCCUCCCCUCUUUCCCCUGACUUUUAUUUCUUUCCUUCCCGCUCGUCCUUUUCCUCGUUUCAAUUCCUUACUUUGUCACUCUUGCUCUGUUUAUAUUCCUUAUUUCUAA